AAGGGGCGAGGGCAAUGGGUUCGCACCAGCACAAAGCAGUAGACCGUUUCUACCUCUUACUAACCGUAAUAACAACUUGGUGGCUAAACGCCAACUGCUUCCUUCCUUCCUUCCUUUCCUUGUACACCUAUUCUUGCUUCCUCUCUCUCCUCCCCUGGUCUCCACCUAUACAAUUACAACAAAGACUCAGAUUCUGAUUCUCCGCAUCCCUAUCUCUCUCCUUAAACCGCCUUUCUUUUUCAAUCUCCAUCAUCAACCACACUACUUUUUAUCAUAACACUCAUCUUUAAAGUUUCUCUCUUUCUCUCUUUGUGGAGUAUGGUGACUUGAUGCCAAGUGUUGAAUCGAUAUUCUUUUUCUAGUGAUUAAGGCCCCUUUGCUCUUCUUUAUGAAUUCUUUGAGUUUCCCGUUUGGGUUUGAUUCAAAGAUCUAAUUUUUCUUUUGUUUUUGUGGGAUAAUUUUAGAACCCAGGUUUCAAAACUCUUGAUUUCUUUGAUUUUCGGGGUUUAAUCAGUGUUUUACUUGGUGGGUUUUCCUUAUUUUCUUUCAGCAUCACUGAAAGUUGUGUUUUCUCUGGGUUGCGUGUUGAUGGUUAGGAUUUAUUUUUGUGGGUUCAAGUUUUGCGGUGAAAGAGUUGAGCUUUGAUUGAGGAAAAGAAUUGAGAGAUUAUUGGGAAUCAGUGAUUGGGGUAUUGACUUAUUGAAUGAAAAGUGAGAGAGAAAGGGAAAUAGAUGGCAAGGAAUAGAGGGGAUAAAGAAGAAGGACCUGAAAAGCUCAUGGGUUUGCUUAAACUGGUUCAGAUAUUGUCGUUGUUGGUAAUUUUUGUUGCUGGUGUGAUUCUAGGCUUAGCUACUAGUUCUCACAUCAACCAUUACUUUACUUCGCAAGCACAGUUGUUUCUCACUAACAACAUUGCUUCUGCAAAGCUAUCUGAUAAUAACUGUACAGUUGUGAAGCCUUGUGAGAAGGUUGAUUUUUUGAAUAUGGAGAGGUUUGUUCAUCCAGACAACGUGAUUCAUAGCAUGACUGACGAUCAGGUCUUUUGGAGGGCUUCUCUGUUGCCACAAAAGAAAGGGUAUCCCUUUGAUAGAGUACCUAAAGUUGCUUUCAUGUUUUUGACUAGAGGUCCUUUGCCACUGCUGCCUUUGUGGGAGAGGUUCUUUAGGGGUCAUGGCCAGUAUUUCUCCAUCUAUGUCCAUACUCCUCCUGAUUAUGUGCUCAAUGUUUCCAGUGAUUCCCCAUUCUAUGGAAGAAUGAUUCCAAGCAAGGAUGUUGAAUGGGGAUCAGUAUCACUGGUUGAUGCUGAGAAGCGCCUUCUAGCCAAUGCCCUACUGGAUUUCUCAAAUGAACGUUUUGUUCUUCUGUCUGAGAGCUGCAUCCCAAUCUACAAUUUCCCUAUUGUCUACAAGUAUCUCAUUCGUUCAGAAUACAGCUUUGUCGAGUCAUAUGAUGAACCCACCCGCUAUGGACGCGGCCGCUACAGCCGGAAAAUGCUACCUGAUAUUCAUCUGUACCAAUGGAGGAAAGGGUCACAGUGGUUUGAGAUCCAACGUGACCUGGCUGUUUAUAUAGUUUCAGACACCAAGUACUACACUAUCUUCAAGAAAUACUGUAGGCCUGCUUGCUAUCCUGACGAGCAUUACAUUCCAACUUACCUGAACAUGUUCCACGGGUCACUUAAUUCAAACCGGAGCGUGACAUGGGUUGAUUGGUCCAUCGGGGGACCGCACCCAGCAAGAUACGGUGGUGGUAAUAUUACCGAAGACUUUAUACAGUCCAUUCGGAAUAAUGGCACACAAUGUUCCUAUAACUCAGAAAUGACAUCUGUUUGCUACCUCUUUGCUCGGAAGUUCGCUCCAAGUGCAUUGGUUCCUUUGCUUAGCCUAACCUCGACAGUAAUGGAAUUUUAAUUUUCCUUUUCGUUUCUUGGUAGAGGUAAGAUAUCAUCUCUGUAGUGCUCUUACUCAUUGAUGGAGCUGCUGCUACAGCUCUCCGAAAAGUUUUGGUAUGGGGCCAUUGUACAGUUAGUUUUCUUAGGGCAAUGAGGUUUUUGGCCAUCGAAGCAAUGACUAUUUGUUCCACACUUUUUUCUGUUUUUUAGAAUACGAGGCAGCUUUUCGAAGAAAAGCAACUAUACAGAAA